ACCUUGAGGAACAUACACACUGCCCAGUUAACGAAGCAUACACAUCCUCUCAAACACGUUAAAUAACACCAACAUGGCAGUUAAUUCAGAUCGCUUGUUAUGGAGGACUUACUAUGUGCUGUUGCUUUUCGUUUCGGUGGACAUAGCUUCAUCAGGUAACGUGCGACUGUAUGGACAUAAAACCAAGUACGAGGGAGGAAUAGAGAUAUACUACGACUCCCAACAAACCUGGAACCCGUUAUGUGGAGAAUGCUGGACAAACUACUCCGCCAACGCGGCCUGUAAGGAACUGGGAUUCAGUGGUGGCAUAUCGGCAAAUGUGCCUUUGGAUAGAAAAGGAAUCCUUACUGCUCGUUAUGUCUGCCCAACUGGAUAUGAAACCAACCUUUCGAAUUGCUCAAUUGACUAUCAGAAAGCAUGCAAUCCUUGCACUGAGGCGGCAGGUGUUUUGUGUGCAGGUGCAGUCAGACUUGACACCCUCAGUCCACCGAGUAUCUACAAAGUUGUGAUGGUAUUUUUGAGAGAUAGAUUUCAACAGUACAGAUGGAAUUCUCUGUGUGGGGAAUGCUGGACUCGAAGAAAUGCUGACGUUACAUGUAAACAACUUGGUUACAGAGGAGGUAGAGGAUCCAAAUUAAAUGUCAACACGAUAGCGUGGAUUACAUCUUAUGAAUGUCUUGGAAACGAAAUGGAACUGACGUCUUGCCCGGUAUUCUAUGACCGCUAUCGGUUUUGCCCAACUCGUGCAGUUGUGCAGUGUGUUGAUAAUGGAGGUGGAUUCAGUGGAGUUCCUUUGGACGUUGUUCAGUGACAUACGGGGUAGGACAGCAGACAAGGAGAAGAGUAUGUGAAAAUCGAUACACCCAGUAUGGUGGGCUGCCAUGCGUUGGCAAUACCACAACUAUUCGAACCUGUAACGAAAAGGAAUUCCCAAAAACAUGGAACGAAAGUUGCUUGAUGGAUUCCGACUGUGCUGAUCACCUGGUAUGUAAUUAUACAUGUGGUUGUAUGCGUGAAACGGACGUUUGGGAUCCAGUUCAUAGGACAUGCCUAUCAAGUCUGGAGUUCCUUGCGAUAUAUUCACCAGAGAGACUAGACUUCGCCUCCGCUACCAAGUACUGCACUAACAAUAUGACCGGCUUCCUGGCUACUCGCGACUUCAUGAAUAACAUGUUCAUCACAUGCAUGGACACUAACCAUGAUAUAUGGCUGGCCAACACCAUCGAAACAACGAGUAAAAACGAUGGAGAAACUUAUGAGGUGGGAAUGUGUACAACAGGCGGUGUAAUCCAAGCGUCCGAAAUGUUUUUGACGAGUGUGAACUGUAGCGAGAACCGAAAUUUUGUUUGUGUCGUCAACAGAACCCACAUGCACUUGGUAACCAAUGAUACCUUUUGUUCCGGAUUUAUUAGGGUCCAAUUAAACACUGACAGCGGUGACAUCCCGUUAGGUACUAUGGUCGUCGCGGUAGUUACCUGUGCAAUGGUGUUACUAGUGGCAGCUGUCAUCAUCUGUAUCUUAAGGUAAUUAAAUUG